AUGGAUGCUGACAUACGCUCCGCCCUCACAGAUUUCCUUGCUUCAAACAAUAUCUCCGCCGCUCAAAUUCGCGAUGACUAUGACCGUCGAGUCGCGGAGGCCACACGUCAGGUUACCGAGGAGGAAGAGGCUGCCGCCCUAGAUCGAGAGGAGCCGGAAUAUGAACUUGAAACCGAGCCCGAGCCCGAGCCCGAUUCGCCGGAAGAGAAGACAAAGAAGCGCAAGCGACAACAGGCCAUUGAAAGGAUCAAGAAGAGCAAGGAGUUUGCCCGUCGGAAGGCUCGACGAACUGGGGAACCCGAUGAUGAUGAUGAUGAAUUGGCUAAUGAAAUGAUGAAUGAGAAACAGCGACCUCUCCCAGGUCAGCUGGAGAAUUGUGAAAUCUGUGGAAAACGCUUCACUGUGACGGCCUACAGCAAAACGGGACCCAGUGGCGGUCUUCUCUGCGCUGACUGCUCGAAGAAACAUAUCGAUGGGGAUAAGAAGACGCCAGCUAAAAAGCGCAACCCUGGAAUUAAACGUCGUCAAAACCAAAGCAAUUUGCUGGACGGGCUGACCCCUCAAGGCGCUCAGAGCUUGCUGGAGAUGUGCAUCAAAAAAGUUGCGGAGAAUAUUAAUGAUGUGGAAGAAUUUGGUGACUUGCCUCCAGCGCUCAUGCACCGACUCAGCCAAAUCCUGAGUAGAAGACGAGCGGUCACAUCGAAAACCCUGGAUCUUUUCUUACGGCCUCAGAACAAGGAGAUCAACAUUUAUGAUUGUGCCAAGCUUGGAACCGAUGAUUUCCACAAGAUACUUGCCUCUAUGCCAGGGUUGACUCGCCUGAAUCUUCGGUUUGUCACUCCGAUGAAGGAUCCCAAUUUCGAGUACAUGAUAGAUCGCGAUAUGAACAUCCAUGAUCUUCAUCUCGACUCACCCAAUCUCGUGACCGAUAAGUGCUGGCGUCAAGUAUUCACUCAUCUGGGUCCUCGACUACGAAGCCUGAAAUUGUGGAAUCUCGACUCAGCCUUUGAUGAUGAAACUGCCGAGAUUAUGGCAAAACAUUGCACGGAGCUUCAGCGCUUAAAAUUGAAACAUCUCUCCAAACUUGGUGACAGCGCACUUGAAGCAAUCGCGACGAUCAAGACACUGGAGCAUCUGUCUCUAUUUCUCGAUCAAAAAACCGGUUCUGAGCCUCUUAACCUUGAACCUCUUCUUCAGAUUAUUACCGAACUUGGACCCCAGUUACGCUCUUUGUCCUUGGAGGAAUUUACCGCCGCAGAUGACAGACUUCUUGAACAUAUCCAUGACAAGUGUCACAAUCUUUUCAAGCUUCGCAUUUCGAUCAAUUCCGAACUCACCGAUAUGGCUGUUCAGAACCUCUUCCAUGGGUGGACCAACCCCGCCUUGAAAUAUAUCGACUUCCACCGCGUCCGACACGAAGACAUGACCAAUCCCGCUGGCCCGGAGCAGCCAAUUGGAGUCGCAUCCGAUGGAUUCAUUGCUUUGAUGGCUCAUUCCGGCUCCAAGCUGGAACACUUGAACGUCGCAUCGUGUCGCCAUAUCUCACGUAAAGCAUAUGAGGAAGUCUUUAGUGAACAUAAGCGAUAUGCAGAACUCAAGUAUCUGGAUAUUUCCUUCAACGGAGUAGUCGACGACUAUCUCGUGCAGUGUAUUUUCCGAUGCUGUCCCGCACUAGCCAGAAUCGUGGUCUUCGGCUGCUUCAAGAUUCGCGACAUUCACGUACCUAGGGGUGUGGCUGUGAUUGGCACGAUUGGUGCUAAGCUCACGGUUGAUGGCAUCGCCCAGAAAGAGAUUAUUUGA